UCUUCGCAUGUCCGAUCCUGACCACGCUUACGAAUCACGGAAGUUGCAGGGCGCGGAAAAAAAUUAUACAGUCUGCGACAAGGAAAUUUUGGCGAUCGUCCAUGCGUUCAAGACCUGGCGGUGCUACCUGACAGGCGCUGACGUCACGGUGCGAACUGACCACAAAUCCUUACAGUACCUGCGAGCCCAACCGAAUCUCAGCCCGCGACAGAUCCGAUGGCUCGAUUUCCUCGAGUCGAAUUUCCAUUACGCCAUCACCUACAAACGGGGCGCCAACAAUAUCGCCGAUGCCUUGACCCGACCUACUGCCUAUACCACCGCCAUACUAAUCGCCCAGACCAGCCCAUUACUUACCGGACUAUUUAACCACGGCUACAAGAUCGACCCUUUCUUCCGCUCCGCUAUUCAUCAACAGCACACCACCAUCACUGGAGUGCCAGCCGGUCCCAGCGGAAACGACGCCAUCCUCGUGGUCAUCGAUCGACUCACGAAAAUGACGCACUUUAUCGCCUGCCAACAGACAAUCACAGCCGAGCAAACUGUUCAACUGUUCAUCGCCAACGUCAUUCGACUGCACGGACUGCCCACCGCAAUUAUUUCUGACCAAGACCCGAAAUUCACAUCGAAUUUCUGGCGCCACUUGUGGGACAGUUCGGCACCAAACUACAGUUUUCCUCUGCCUACCACCCACACAUCGACGGGCAGACCGAACGAGUCAACCAAACUAUGGAGCAACUCAUUCGGACCACCUGUACUGACCCACAGACAUGGGAGAAAUCCCUUCCGCUACUGGAAUUCGCGUAUAACAACGCACCCUCCGCGACAACGCAUCAGUCCCCGUUUUUCCUAAAUCACGGACAGGACCCAGUGGUGCC